UUCUCUUCUCCAUAAUCUCAUGCAGCAAAUUCAUGUCAUUGAGCAAGGUGAUAUGUCUAUUGAUGACUAUUAUUCUGCUUAUGACCGUUUGAUGGGUUCAUUGACUUCCAUGGUGAAUGAGUGCACAACAGCCGACUGCCCAGCCCACAAAUUCAUUGAAAAAUUUCUGACAUAUCGUUUUGUCAUGGGAGUGAAGCCAGAAUUUGAUUCCAUUCGUACUCGGCUGCUUCAUAAUUCAUCUACUUUAACCAUGGACCAAGCCUUGGCUGAAUUACUUGCUGAAGAGACACGCCUGCAGUCCAUGUCUUCUUUAUCCACUGUGACAAUGCCCCAUAGUGUGCUGGCAGCCUCUCAGCGGAUCACUGUACCUAGAGGUACAUCUUCAGAGCCAUGUAAGCAUUGUGGCAAGACUACUCAUCUAUCGGCAAAUUGUUUUUCUGCAUAUCCUGAGAAGCUAACUGAGUAUCGUGCCCGUCGAGCUUCUCGUGCUGCUCGUGGCCGUGGUACCUCUUCUACUGCUCGAGAUGGUUCUGUCUCUGUUGCUGCUGCUUCAUCUGUUGAUGCCUCUCAGCCGGCUUGGGUUCUUGAUUCCGGGGCCUCCUUUCACGUGACAUCUGAUCAGUCUCAGUUGGUUACUUGCAAGCCAAUCACUGACGGUGCCUCUAUUCAGACAGCUGAUGGAUCGUCAAACAGGGAUUGUGCUUGGGACUGGCCAUCGCCGUAGAGGUACUUCUAACCUCUACAUUUUGGACACCUUGCGUCUUCCUUCUUCCGAUGCUCGUGUGUCAUCUGUUUCAUCAUCAUCUCCAUCAUCCUUCACGAAGUGGCAUCAUCGACUUGGUCAUCUCUGCGGGUCUCGCUUGUCCACAUUAGUACAUCAGGGCUAUUUAGGUCAUACAUCUGUCGAGUCUAACUUUCAUUGUAAGGGUUGUAAGCUUGGAAAACAGAUUCAACUUCCCUAUCCUUCUAGUGUCUCUCACUCUGCUAAACCCUUUGAUCUUAUUCACUCAGAUGUAUGGGGCCCAGCUCCUUUUGCUACUAAAGGUGGCCACAGAUAUUAUGAUAUCUUCGUUGAUGAUCACUCUCGAUACACUUGGCUCUACUUUAUGAAACACCGGUCCCAAUUAUAUUCUAUUUAUCAGUCUUUUACUCGCAUGGUUCAUACUCAAUUUUCCACCUCUAUCAAAAUUUUUCGUUCUGACUCUGGUGGAGAAUAUAUGUCUGAUCUUUUUCGCCAGUUUCUGGUUUCUGAAGGCACUCUUCCUCAGCUCUCCUGCCCUGGAGCUCAUCCUCAAAAUGGUGUAGCUGAACGCAAACAUCGCCAUAUCAUUGAAACUGCUCGGACUCUUCUAAUUGCCUCCUUUGUUCCCUCUCACUUUUGGGGGGAAGCGGUCUCAACAUCUGUUUAUCUUAUUAAUAGACAACCGUCAUCCAAACUAUCUGGUAAGUGUCCUGGUGAAGUUCUUUUUGGCAAUCCUCCUUGCUAUGAUCAUCUUCGGGUGUUUGGAUGUACCUGCUAUGUUUUGCUUCCAUCUCGUGAGCGAACUAAGUUGACAGCUCAGUCGGCUGAAUGUGUUUUUCUAGGAUAUAGUCCUGAGCAUAAGGGUUAUCGUUGUUAUGA